UUGCUUAUCAGAAAUUGAUGUUUGACCACAAGAGCAGCUAGCGUAUCCAUCGGGCAAUGCCAAAGACUGCAGAGCCUUCAGAGACGGCGACAGCCGAGGCAGCGCAGAGCCAAAGCGUUUUUGAGCUGUUAGAUGAGGUGAUCCGCAUUGAUCGGAGUACCUUGAUCAAGAUUUUGGCCUUUUGCGUGGCUGUCCUGCUGCUCAUCAGUGGGACCCUUGUCUACCAGGAGGUGGCAGCAGGCCGAAACCAUUUAGCUGUAGUCUAUGGCGGCUUUUUUGUGCUGGUCCUCGGCUUGAUCGCCUCAGUGGUCUUUGUGCUUCAUGAAGCCUCGCAGCUGGAGGUCAAGGACGAGAAAAAGACUGACUGAAUGGGACAAGGUGAAAAA